AUGGCAUCUUUCAACCUCACCCCCUCUGACUCUUCAACAUUCAUCCUAACAGGCAUCCCUGGCCUGGAAGCCUCCCACAUACUGAUUUCCAUCCCUUUCUCUAUGUUCUACUUUAUCAGCCUGUUGGGAAAUUUCACAGUUCUCUUUGUUGUAUACAAAGAGCAGACCCUGCACAAGCCAAUGUACCUGCUCCUCUGCAUGCUGGCGCUUACAGACAUCGGCACGUCUACCUCCGUCGUGCCAAAGGCACUAUGUAUAUUUUGGUUCAAUUUGAAAGGCAUUACUGUGGGUGGCUGCCUCACCCAGAUGUUCUUCCUUCAUGCAGCUUCUGUUAUGCACUCAGCCAUCCUUGUGACAAUGGCCUUUGAUCGCUACGUUGCCAUAUGUAACCCUCUGAGUUAUGCCACCAUCCUCACAAAUGCACGAGUAGCUAAGUUAGGGCUUGUGGGUUUGAUAAGAGCUGUUCUCUUUAUUCUGCCCAUGCCCCUGCUCCUGAGAAUACAGACAUUCUGUGCCAAUCACGUUAUCCCCCACACACACUGUGACCACAUGGCUGUGGCAAAGAUGUCAUGUGGGGACAUCACAGUCAACAGGACGUACGGCUUGGUAAUAGCACUUGUAGUCAUUGGGUUUGACCUGAUGCUCAUUGCCCUGUCCUACGGUCUUAUUAUCAGGGCUGUCCUCAGAAUCUCCUCUGAGAAAGCCCACCAGAAAGCUGUCAACACCUGCACAGCCCACAUCUGUGUGAUACUGACAUCUUAUACUCCCUCGCUUUUCUCCUUUGUGACACACCGGUUCGGUCAGGGCAUUGCUCCACACAUUCACAUCAUCUUGGCCAACCUCUAUUUCCUUGUCCCCCCCAUGCUCAACCCUAUAAUUUAUGGGGUCAAAACCAAAGAGCUUCGUGACAAAGUGGGCAAAUGCACCUGCAAAAUGUGA